UGCGUUCCGUUAUUCCGCCACAAGAAAAGCAAGAAAAAACCGAGCAUUUCUGCGUGUUAUAUGUGUUAUUGUUUGUGAUCAGUGAUCAGUGGAUCCAGUGGAACGGACCAAGUGAAAGUGAACACACAAGAACGCCAAGGAAAAGAAGAAAGCUAAAGUGAAAAAAAGAUAAACUGCAAUCGCAUCGUGUAGGAAUUCGAAGCCAGAACCAUGUCGGACAUUGAGGAUGUUUUCGGUGGCUCCGCCGAGGAGACCAAGCCCGAAACCGAAGCCAAACCCGAUGCUGAUGCCGAGAGCAAGACCAGCGUGGUCACCGAACAUACCGAGGAGGUGAUUCCCGGCGAGACCGAGAAAAUGGUCACCGAGACCAUCGACGAGGACGGGGAUGUCGUGGAGGAGACCACCGAAGUAACCCGCAAAACUGUGAAACGCACCAUGAAGAUCACUGAGACUUCAGCCACCACAAAGACAACAACGCUCACCACUCCGGCCAAGCUAUAUGGCAAGGAUCUGAGUGAGUACGAUGAUGUGGAUGUGGAGAGCCUGCUGGCCCAGCUCUCGCCCGAGGAGAUAACCAUACUGGCCAAAGAAGUGGAUCCCGAUGACAACUUCCUGCCGCCAGAUCAGCGCUGCGGUUACGAGUGCACCAAGGAAGCCACCGGGCCGCUGAACCGCAAACAGCUAAUCGAGCACAUCAACAAGCAGGCUAUCGAGACCCCGGAUGAGCCGGAAUUCGAGCCUUUUGUGCAGGGUAAGGUGCGCGGCAAGAAAUGGGUGCCACCGCCAAGGGAUGCCCGCGAGAUUGAGGCCGAGGAACAGAUCGCCAUCGAUAUGGGCGAGGAGUAUGAGCAUGCCUUGAACGAUGCCACGCAGGAGGAGAUUAUCGAUUUGGCUGCCAUUCUGGGCUUCCACUCGAUGAUGAACCAGGACCAGUACCACGCCUCCUUGCUCAACAAGGGCCAGCCGGUGGGCCUGGGCUGGGAUGGCAUCACAAAGUCCACCCAGCAGAAACUCUUCCCCAUGGAUCCGCCCAACAGCACAGAUGUGGAGGAGUCCAUCAAGCGGGUCAAGGACGAUGACUCCAAGCUGAUUGACCUCAACUUGAACAACAUUAAGAACAUCUCGGACGAGAAGCUCGAACAACUGUUUGCCGCACUGCCUCAGAACGAACAUCUGGAAGUCCUCUCGCUGACAAAUGUCGGCCUCACCGACAAGACAGCCCUCCUGCUGGCCGAGGCCAUUGAGAAGAGCAAAACCCUGAGAGUAUUAAAUGUUGAGACCAACUUUAUCAGUCCGCCCGUGAUCGUCAAGCUGGUGCAAGCCCUGCUCAAGUGCCACACCAUUGAGGAGUUCAGGGCCUCCAAUCAGCGAUCUGCGGUGCUGGGCAACAAGAUCGAGAUGGAGAUCACCGACUUGGUGGAGAAGAACUCGUCGCUGCUGCGCCUCGGCUUGCACCUGGAGUUCAACGAUGCCCGCCACCGAGUGGCCGCGCAUUUGCAGCGCAACAUCGACAGAAUCUUCCGCGUUCAGAAACUCAAGCCCAAUCUCCCGAAGCUAAUCCUGCCCGGCAACAUGGAGAUUGAGCGGGAUCUGGUGGCCUAUCACCGAUCGACCACGCCCUCUCCAUCACCAUCGCCGCAGCCGCCGGCGGACUAUGAAGUGGAAGAGGAUCCCGAUAAUAUGGUUAUCCGUGGCGGCGGCGAGGCCUUCGAUCCGGAAUUCGACCCGGACAACAUGGUGGUGCCGGGCAGUCGCUCCGUGACACCAAACUACGACGAUGAGGGGGUCUACCAAGCGCACACGUGAGUGAGAAGAGUGCCACACGACCACCAACACCACCACCACCGGAGCCACAGAAUGCCACUCUGAACCACUCUGAGCCACAGCAAACCACAAGUUCGAGCCAUGUACAGACAGUCACCACUCUCGCCUUUCCCCUUUCCGUCUCAUUGGUUGCAUAACCUCGAUGUUGUCGUUGUUGAUGUUGCCCGAACACCCCGUGGACUCUGGAUGAUGCCAUAGUCCCACGAUCUUGCAGACCAAGAAUUUGUACAUACCCCAACAUGAAAAAGGAGAUCAAAAGCCACAAGAAUAUCAAUUUCAGAUGAUUACUUUUCAUAGGAAAACUAAAACUAUAAUCAAAAGUAUCUUUUAUCAAGUCAGAAUAUCAGCUUUAAAGUUGCACUUGAUUUUGCUAUGAAAAGUAACCUAAAUGGUGAUAGAUCUUGGCCAUAUCUUUUCUCAUUUGUGCAAAAACCGGAAACAGAUUCCCAGCACAAAAAAAAAACCUCCUUGUUAUUAUCUGUUUUCCAUGUCGUCGUUGUCAGCUGCUUUUUGCCAUUUGAAAUCGAACCUUGUAUAUAAUAUAUCCUCAAGAUCCUAUAUCAUUCAGAUCAGAUGCGUGCUAUUAACCCACACACACGCACACCACACGCCAUACACACACUCAUGGCAGCACUCUCUGUGUUUUGUAUCUUUGUAUCUUUCUAUCUCAACACGAAAAGCCCUCUCCAAAAAGAAAAGACAUCAGCCAAACGAUUCAGCAAAUCAGUUUUUCCAACAGUCAUUAUAAUUUAUAUUUCCUUUUGUGUCCUGUCUAUAUCACCUUUUGUUCUCUUU